AUGACAGCCGAUCAGAUCCAGGAGAACCACACAUUUGCAAAGCAAGUGACAGACUCCGACAGCGAUUCAUCACCUUUGAUUAGUAUCACAUCAAAGGUAUGUCUUGAAGGUGGAGCCCUUGUAAACGACGGAGAUGGCACCCUUAUCGUGAGCGAGAGCAGUAUUAUUGGCGACAAGCGGAAUCCGGGGAUUUCAAAAGACGAGAUUGAAGACGAAUUGCGGUGGCUUUUAGGCGUGAAGAAAAUUAUCUGGUUUUCUGGCUUCCAAGAUCUGGAUAUCACGGAUGUCCAUGCCGAUGCUGAGGUCCAGUUUGUCAGGCCAGGAGUGAUAGUCGUCUCCCGGCCCCAUGCGAGUGCGCAAAGGAAAUGGCACGAGGUCUAUCAACAGGUCAUGAAUGCCCUACGUGGUGAGCUAGACGCGAGAGGUCGCCAGUUUGAAAUUCACACGAUCGAUGAGCCAGAUCCAAAACUGGUUCUGACCUCGGGCGUAGGAUAUGAAGAGGAUCCUGCCACAAACUACGUGAACUUUUAUUAUGUCAACGAUGGAGUGAUCCUUCCAAAGUUUGGCGAUGAGGAGAUGGAUAGAAGGGCAUUGGAGACGAUGCAGAAACUGCAUCCGGAUCGAAUUGUCAAGCAGGUCCAUGUCAAUGCACUCCCUCUAACUGGUGGGGUUAUCCAUUGUGCAACUCAGCCUGUUAUUGAUGUUCGGUGA